UUUCCUUCGAAUCAGAAGACAAUUGUUUAGCUAAGAAAAUUGCCUGGUAUCUAAAUUAUAUAUUAUUUUUCUUUUCUUUCUUUUCAAAGGACCGUCAAAUACUGGAAAAGUUAUUGUGGUAUGGUGAAUGGCACAGAUGCGGCUUCGUUCCACCCAUUUAUGACCAAGGAGGAAGACCUGCGUUUCUUCUCCGCCGAUAUUUGCAGGUCAAUCUUCGCCACAUUUGAAAGCGAGCAGACGGUGAAAGGCAUCCCACUUUAUCGCUUCAUUAUCCCUCCGUCGGCUUUUGCGUCGCCCCAAUCCAAUCCGGAUAAUGUUUGCUUCUGCACUGAUAUGACUGUAAGCAAAAAUUGUACCUUAGGUGGAGUUCUGGAUAUCAGCUCUUGCAAAGCAGGUAAACCAGUCUACAUCUCGUUGCCCCAUUUCCUGCAUGCAAGUAGGGAAUUUUUUCAUUUUGUUGACGGAUUGAAGCCCAAUGUGGAAGAACACAAAACCUUUCUGGAUGUAGAACCAACCACGGGAUUUACCUUGCAGUUUGCAAAAAAGUUGCAGAUUAAUAUAUUGGUGAAACCGAACACAAAAAUCACAGCACUAAAACAAAUCAAACAUCACUUUAUCUUUCCUGUUUUGUGGCUGAAUGAGACGGCUACUAUCACUGAUGAGAAAGCAGAUGUUUUCCGAUCCAAAGUGACCAACAAGAUCAAACUGCUGCACUUCCUUCAGCUGGCGCUAAUGGUCAUCGGAUCUGUGAUCUUCCUGGGAUUCCUAAUUGCUUUUUUCCUAUGCAAAGGGAAGAGCCCUAAAUAACCUGCAGGAAGAUGCUGCUGGUGAAAGCAUCCAUUAUUUCCCCCCAAUUUCAAGCAGAGAAUAGACCUGCCUUCCUGGUGUUGUUGUUGGUUGUGCUCCGUAUAUGUAAAUACCUUGGGGGAAAGAUGCCGGACAUACAGGGGGGACAGAUAAAUCAUUUUUUGCAACCCGAACUCCACGGACAUUCAAGGGUUCUGUUUCCUCCCCCACCUCCCAUCGGAAAGACUGGCAUGAAACCUGAACUUCUGGGUCCCUUGAAGGAAAAAAUCCCAUUUUGCCUCCCCUUCAGAAUGCAACUUCACUUUGGAUCUGAGUUUGUUCUGCCAAUCCUACAGCUCGGCUGGCAUUUCCUCUGAGUUUCCGCACUUUAGGAGUCUAAGGAGGGCGAACUGAAGUUACACCAUGGAGUGGCUGGGCUAGAAAAAUAUUAUUAUUAUUGGCCUCCCACCCCUCUGACGAGAAGAGCCCGAGUUGUGUUUGCCUUCAAAAGCUGUGACUUUUUGAUUGGUUUCGAAGGAGAGGAAGGAAGAGCAACAACUGUAGAAUAUUAAUUGCUAGUAAAGGACUUACCA